UCAUGCGCUUGUGUUUUGCUGUCUCUGGUGACUCUGAGCUCAUUUACAAGGUGAAAUUUGUCUGCAUACUGGUGGCAUCUCCCAAGCUUGUGACAGUCACGAGUACUUCAAGGCAGAAGCCCUCGGGUGCGCAGUUCAGAAAGCGAGCGAAAGAGAAGGAACAUUCGGCUGCUCAAACUGCUGCCUCAAUGAAAAAAUGGUUGAAAAACUCAAGUGAUACGGUUGUUCCACAACAAGAGACAGAAUCUGAAAGCCAGAAAGUUACUGAAGAUUCUUCUGGACCUUCAUGUUCAUCUGCUGUUUCCAGUACCUACACAGAAAAAGAAACCUCAACUGAAUGUGAAAGAAUUCUGCAGGCGUCAAAGUUGUCAAAAGACUACUCAGAUCCUAGCACUUGGCCAGCUGCUAAUAAAAUAGAUGACAAAACUCUGUACUUUCUAACUGAAAUGGUUGCCACACAAGCUGAAAAAUAUCCAAAUUGUGUUCACUUCAUGUCAACAGAAAGGCAAAACAGGUGUUUAACAUCUUCAAUGUGGUAUAAACAGCUACCAAAUGGUGAGAAAGCCAAAAGAAGCUGGUUAAUAUAUUCAAAAACAGAGAAUGCUCUUUUUUGUGCUCCAUGCAAGCUGUUUCUUGAUGUAGUAAGCACUUCAGGAACAUUGUCCGCCUUACAAACCACGGGGUUUACAAAUUGGAAGAAGAUCCCAGAAAAACUACCCCAGCACGAAUCAUCAUCAGUGCACAAAGUGUGUAUAGUUAAGUGGAAAACUCUUUUGAAAACUAUCAAAAGUUGCAGUGGUGUUAGCAAAGCAUUAGAAAUAGCAAUAGAGGCAGAAAAGCAAAAGUGGACCCAAAUUAUUCACAUUGUAAUCGAUGCAGUCCUCUUUCUGGCAACAAAUUGUCUUCCCUUUCGAGGUUCUCUUGAAAAUCCACACACGCUUGCCAUGACUUGUACUUCAAAAAAACAAGGAAAUUUCCUAAACUUAAUAGCUCUUUUAGCAAAGCACAAUUCUACAUUAAAGAACAUGUUGGAUAACUAAAAAAAGGGCAAGUGUCUUACUUAUCAAGUACCACUCAAAACGAGAUAGUAGAACUCAUGGCUCAGAAGGAGUCCAGUAGCACCUUUAAGACUAACUCUUUUUGAUUUUUGAUUUUGAUUUUCUAACUCCUCUGGAUCUAUGGCUCAGAAGGUCCGUGAAAAAAUAUUGAGGGAUAUUAUGUCUGCAAAAUACUUCACGAUCAUGUUUGAUUGUACACCUGAUAUCUCUCACUGUGAGCAGAUGAGUCAAAUCAUUCAUUUUGUGAAAAUUGAUGAAGGUGGGAAAUGUGAAAUAAAGGAAAGCUUUAUUGACUUUAUAGAAGUACAUGCAAAGACUGGAGACUACAUUGCUAGUCAAAUUCUAAGGAAAUUAGAGAGUGAUGGCCUGAAUAUAAAUAAUUGUCGAGGACAGUCAUAUGACAAUGGAUCUAAUAUGGCUGGAAUUUACAAAGAGGUUCAGGCAAGAAUUCAAGAAAAAAAUACGUUGGCUGUGUUUGUGCCAUGCCUAGCUCACUCACUCAACCUAAUAGCCGUUCAUGCUUCUUCAGUGCGUCCAGAAGCAUCGCAUUUAUUUGGCAUUGUGCAGAGAGUGUUUUGUUUUUUUGUAUCGUCUACAAUACGCUGGGAAAUUAUGAAAAAGUAUACAGACAGUACUUUAAAAGGAACCAGCCAGACAAGGUGGUCUGCAAAGUUGGAAGCUGUGAGUGCCCUUAAAAAAAACUUGGGCAAAGUAGCUCAAGCAUUGGAAGAAAUUAAGGGUGGAGAUUUUCCUCCCGAAACUAGAUCUGAUGCAGGAAGCCUUUUACGUUUGAUAAUGAAUUUUAGGUUUAUUCUGAAUCUGGUAAUAUGGAACAGUAUUUUGAGAGAGAUUAAUCGUGUAAAUACAGAAAUUCAGAAGAGUGACAUCAUACUGAACAGAUCAGUUUCCUUGAUGGAAGGUUUGAUCACCUCUUUAUAGCGACUGCAAAAAUCUGGCUUUGAAGUUUGGCUUAAAGAUGCAACAAAUAUCGCCACUACAAUGUCUGUGGAGGCAGCAUUACCAGAGAGAAGAAGAUCCAAGAAAAAGAAGCUGGCAGGUGAACUUGCAAGCAAUGAGGCCUGUACAUUUUCAACGGAAGAACGAUUCAGGCAUGAGACGAACAUGGUUUUUGACAGAAUACUAACAGAAUUGCAUACAAGACUUGAAAACAUCAAAAAACUAAACACAGAUUUUUCUUUUCUUGGUGGUGAAAAAUUAAUGAAAGUGAGCAGCGCAGACUUAAUGGUGGCUGCAGAACAUUUGGCAAAAAAUUAUUCAGAGGACUUAAAUAUUGACGAAUUCAGAUGUGAACUGGAAACAUUCAGAGAUCAAACGCCUAAUUUUUCUAAAAAUACUGAACAAAUGAGCUGCCUCGAUCUAUUAUCUGUGAUUUACACAAAUGAUUUACAGGAUGUAUUUCCUAAUUUGUGUAUAGCGUUAAGAAUGUAUGCCACUCUACCAACAACAUCAGCAUCCUGUGAGAGAAGUUUUAGCAAAAUGAAGCUGAUAAAAACCUAUCUUAGGUCCGCGAUGUACGAGGAACAUUCAUCAAGCCUGGCUACAUUGUCUAUUGAAAGUGAUGUGGCAAAUACCAUAAAUUAUCAUGAUGCUGUGAGAAGCUUUGUAGCAAAAAAUCCAGAAAAGUUCACUUUUAGUUGAAGGGGAGAUUAUGGUUUAUAUUCAAUAUAUACAUUAUUACUAAUGCUUGAUUUUAUUCAAGAAAGAAAUGUCCUUACAUGCUGUGCUAUUUGAUCUGUAUUUUCGGCUAAGGACAUGAUGCCCCAGCAAGAGAGUUUACUUUUCUUGUAUCUCCGCUUUGCACCUGCUGAGGAUUCUUUUGGGUGUCAGAACUUG